AUGAAAACUAGCGUUUGGCAUCUCUCAAUAAUGUUAGUGGCUGUUAAUGCAAGAUACGAGAAGGCAAAUGCUAAGCAGGAUUGGUGGGAGACAGCUGUGUUUUACCAAAUUUACCCGAGGUCGUUUUUGGACAGUAAUGGCGAUGGGAUUGGUGAUAUAAAUGGAAUAACUUCAAGACUAGAAUACCUCAAAGACCUAGGAAUAGACGCCACAUUGUUAUCUCCUAUAUUUAAAUCUCCGAUGCACGACUUUGGCUACGAUAUAUCCGAUUAUUAUUCAAUUCAUCCAGAGUACGGCACUAUGGAUGACUUUGAACAACUCCUUAAAAAGGCUAAUGAGCUUAACAUUAAAAUAAUAUUAGAUUUCGUACCGAAUCAUACGAGCAACGAGAGCGAAUGGUUUAUUAAAUCAUCCAAUAGGGAUGAAUACUACAGUGAGUGGUAUAUUUGGGAGAAUGGACACCGCGAUGCAAAGGGUCAGAGACGUCCUCCGAACAAUUGGAUAAGUGUUUUUAGAAAAAGCGCAUGGCAUUACAAAUCGAGUCGUGAUCAAUACUAUUUGCAUCAGUUCGGUCCCGCUCAGCCAGAUUUAAACUUUAGAAAUCCUGUUGUAGUCGAAGAAAUGAAGAACAUUCUAAAAUAUUGGCUAGAAAAAGGGGUAGCUGGUAUGAGAAUAAAUGCUGCAAAUCAUAUUUUUGAAACUGAUAAAGAUUUAUAUGGAGGUCGAUAUCCAGAUGAACCCAAGACUGGAAAGCCAGGUCUUGGUCCGGAUGACUACGAAUAUUUAGACCAUAUUUAUACGAAAGACCAAGAGGAAACAUAUGAAUUAAUAUCUCAAUUUCGAGAUGUGUUCGAUGCUAUCACUAUUCGAGAUAAUUUGACUAGGAUAAUGAUGACAGAAGCCUAUACAAGUAUUAAGAAUGCAGUACGAUAUUAUGGAGAGGGCAUUCACUCCGGAGCUCAUAUCCCCUUAAAUUUCGCUCUCAUAAAGAACUUGAACAAGGAAUCUGAUGCACGAGACAUCAAAUAUGCGGUCGAUCGAUGGCUGACCUACAAACCGCUCCGAAAGCAAGCUAAUUGGAUGAUCGGUAGCCAUGACAAAAGUCGCGUAGCGUCUCGCUUCAGGCCAGAAUUGGUAGAUGCAUUCAACAUGCUUAUUUUGCUGCUGCCAGGGAAUGCUAUUACUUAUAUGGGCGAGGAGAUAGGAAUGGUGAACGGGUUCGUACCGUGGAGUGAGACGAAGGACCCUGUAGCGUGCAACACGGACGACCCUAUUAAUUUCGUCGACGUCUCUCGUGACCCCGUAAGAACUCCCUUCCAGUGGAACAGUGGAAAGAACGCAGGAUUUUCCCAAGCAUCUAAAACCUGGCUUCCCAUAGCUGAUGGUUUCGAACACUUAAACGUGGCGAAGCAGCGAUCGGCCGUACGAUCUCAUUUCCAAGUGUACCGCAGUUUGACGAGCCUUCGUUUACGUCCAGCGUUUCGACUUGGUCGAUAUGAAUCUUUCGCUCUGAAUAACGAUGUUUUUGCUUUUAAAAGGUGGUAUAACGAUGACGCCUACAUUGUCGUUAUGAAUGUCGGCAAAACUUAUCAAGAUGUCAAUCUGACAGCAUUCGACUUGAUAUUUGGACAGUUGGAGGUGGAAAUCAGUAGUGUGCUUUCAUCAAGGACUUAUGGUUCUGAUUUAGUAGACGAAAACUUUACCAAAAUGAAGGUAGUUUUGAUACUGCCGAUUUUAGUGAUCCUCUGUUCUGGAAAUAUAAUCAGGCAAAAUGAUGAAAAGAAAUCGGAGUGGUGGGAAAGGAGCAUAAUUUACCAAAUCUAUCCAAGAUCGUUUGUGGACAGCGAUGGCGAUGGGGUAGGAGAUUUAAAAGGCAUAACUUCAAAGUUGGAAUACAUCAAAGAAAUUGGUGCUGGCGCAAUAUGGCUUUCUCCUAUAUUUCAAUCUCCUAUGUAUGAUUUUGGAUACGAUAUUGCUGACUUUUACGCGAUUCAUGAUGAAUAUGGAACAAUGGAAGACUUUGAAGAGCUUCUUGGCAAAGCUAAAAAACUCGAUAUCAAAGUUGUACUAGAUCUUGUGCCCAAUCACUCAUCAAAUGAAAGCGUAUGGUUUCAAGAAGCUCUUAAGGGUAAUGAAAAGUACCUAAAUUACUUCGUUUGGGAAGAUGGGGUCAUAGAUGAAGAAGGCAAUAUGCAACCACCAAAUAAUUGGCUCAGCCAUUUCCGAGGAAGUGCUUGGGAGUACAGAGAAGAAGUUGGAAAAUAUUAUUUACAUCAAUUCGUCAUCGGUCAGCCUGAUUUGAACUACCGUAAUCCUGAUGUUGUCAAUGAAAUGAAAAAUAUAAUACGGUUUUGGCUUGAAAAAGGCGUAGCCGGCUUCAGGGUUGAUGCUGUUAACAGUCUGUUCGAAGUCGAUAAAAAUCUUUUUGGUGGCAAAUAUCCAGAUGAACCGCCUUCUGGAAGAACUGAUGUUGAUGCUGGAUCAUUUGAUUCUUUGGCGCAUAUUUAUACAAAAGAUCAAAAUGAGACUUAUUAUGUGGUAUAUGAUUGGAGAGAUGUCUGUGAUGAAUAUGCUAAAAAAGAUGGUCUAACUAGAGUUAUGAUGACUGAAGUAUAUGCGACUAUACAAAACGUGGUAAAGUAUUUUGGUGAAGGUGACAGGAAUGGUGCUCAGAUGCCGUUUAAUUUUAAUUUGAUUACGGAUGCCGAUGCUUCGUCUAGUGCAGCUGAUAUAAAGAGAGCAGUUGACAAGUUUUUGACUUACAAGCCUCUUGACAAACAUGCUAAUUGGGUGGUUGGUAACCAUGAUAACAGCAGAAUGGCUACUCGUUAUAGUCCUUCCCUAGUUGACGGGAUUAAUAUGAUUGUUUUAUUACUUCCUGGCGUUGGAGUUACAUAUAUGGGCGAGGAACUAGGAAUGGUCGACGGGUAUGUAAGCUGGGAAGAUACUGUUGAUCCAUCUGGGUGUAACACAAAUGAUCCUAUUAAUUAUGCAAGUGCAUCAAGAGAUCCCCAACGUACACCGUUCCAGUGGAAUUCAAAAAAGAAUGCUGGAUUUUCCACUGCUAAUAAAACGUGGUUGCCAGUCGCUGAGGGUUAUGAGACAUUGAAUGUAGAAGUUCAGAGAGCAGCAAAUAGGUCUCACUUGAAAGUUUACCAAGCCUUGACUCGCCUUCGGCAACAAAAGGUGUUUAGAUACGGAAGAUACGAAUCGUUGGCAAUUAAUAAGGAUGUGUUUGUUUUUAGAAGAUGGUAUAAAGGAGAAAUCUAUUUAGUAUUGAUUAAUAUGCGAGAUGUGGAAUAUAUCGUGGAUUUGACGUAUUUCGAGAAUGUCAACGGUAGAGCUCGCGUGGUUGUUAGAAGCAUUCAAUCUCCUAAGGAUGAAGGUGAGGUGGUUGAUGUAUCAAAUCUUCCUGUGGCAGGAUACGAAAGCGUUGUUUUAAAAUUAUUG